AUGAUUGCAUGCUUACGAGCAUUGGAUGUUCAUCGACAUGAUUUCCAUAUAUUUGGAGGGUUCCUGGAGGACAUAUCCUCGUAUCUACACGACAUGCGUAGUUUCGAAUGUCCGUUAUCCUCGAUUAGGCCGUUCCCGGUCGGUUUGCGAGAUCUCUACCUGGUGGUUUCCCGUUCUUCUCAAUCCAGGACAAGAGCUGCAUCAACCAGCAUAAGCAGUUUUGUCGAAACCGAAUUGGAUUUCAUCGGUGAAGGAAGAAACAACGACCGGGGAAAAAGAAAGCUUAAUGGUAAAGCUUUUCAAGCUCAGAGAGACGAUACCAUUAGGAGAACGGUAUAUGUUUCUGAUAUUGAUCAGAGUACCACUGAAGAACAACUUGCUGGGUUAUUUAGUAAUUGUGGACAAGUUGUUGAUUGCCGAGUUUGUGGUGAUCCGAAUUCGGUUCUCUGUUUUGCAUUUGUGGAAUUUGCAGAUGAAGAAGGCGCGAGAGUUGCUCUGAAUCUUGAUGGUACGAUGCUCGGGUUUUAUCCAGUUAAGGUAUUGCCUUCAAAAACUGCCAUCCUGCCUGUGAACCCUACAUUUCUCCCUAAGUCCGAAGACGAAAGGGAAAUGUGUGCCAGAACAGUUUAUUGUACAAAUAUUGACAAGGAGGUUUCUCAAGCUGAAGUGAAGAAUUUCUUUGAAUCCGCGUGCGGUGAGGUCACUCGCUUGAGGAUUUUAGGGGACAAUGUGCAUUCAACUCGUAAUUCUUUUGUUGAAUUUGCCAUGGCGGAAAGUGCCAUUGUUGCAUUGAGUUGUAGUGGACUGGUGUUAGGAACUCAGCCGAUCAGGGCAAGUCCUUCAAAGACACCGGUGAGGCCACAGUUACCCGACCAACAUCGGGUUAACCAAUCGACCUAGCCUUUUAAGACCUAUGGAUGGAAUUGGUUGACUUCCCGAUGGCGAGAGAAACUCUGUUGCGUCGAAGGAAUAGUAAAAACUUCCCUCGGUUACGUUCUUUCCGUCUUUUCCGACGCAACAUUUUGUUCCGUUUUUCUUUUAUCUUUGCUCGAAGAUAUCGGCACCAUGUUUCGGAUUCAGAAACCUUGAGAACUUUUUAACCUU